UACUACUUCUGCGGCCUGUUUUGAUGGCGUCACGACCAUUUCUCCCGCUAUUCGAGCCUGGUUGCCUUGGAAACUAGAUUCACGAGCGGCAGUUCGAAAAAAAAAUUAAAGUUCGACUUUUUAGCAAAUACAAAUGGCCAACAUAUUUACAUUAAAAAAAUCCAUUCUAUCCUAUCUUAACACGAGUGGCGGCUUGAAGAAACUCGCCAAAGACUGCGAUUCCUUCAACGACCCCCAGCACAACGAGGCCGUGUAUCGCUUUUGUAUCACCGUCAAUCCUUCUGAUGUGGUUGAGGUGGACCCUGAACUGGGCGACUGCAUAUUACACGACCCCCAGCGAGCCACUGCCUUGUUUCAGUCUGUUUGCUUCAUGGCCAUAAAGAAAAUGUCACUUAUUGAGAAAAUACAAACAGAGUGCCAGGUGAGCGUCAUUUUGAAGCUGACGCAUCUUCCUCCAUUUCCCGAGUAUGUCUUGGACUUGGCCCGUUUUCCUCGCAUGCAUCACAGCAUGAAGCUCGUCCUCAUGGAAGGCCUGGUCAUCGCUACCACAAGGGUCACUAAAUACACCCGGGGGGCCAGGUUCCUAUGCAGUAACGACAGUUGUCCCUUCUCUUUGGGUUUCCACACUAUUCGGGUUCACGCGCCCGGAGCCACCGAGUCGGCAACUGUGAGAAACGACUUCAUUUGCUUGGCCUGCACCUCACCUCUCAGAGAGGAUGUCAAGUUCAGAGUGUUGGGAGACAAGCAGCUGGUGGAAUUGAUCCAUGUCGAUGCACUUAACGUCCUUCGUGCCCCUCAACAGAACUCACUCAGAUACCAGUCGGUCACACUGUUCCUCAGAGAUGAGCUGUGUAACGUGAUGAGCAUCGGUCAGCUCUACCGAGUGAUCGGCAUACCUGCGCAUGUGCACCGCUCGCCCAACGUCACCUGGAGCGUCGAAGCCAACAGCGUCCAGCCUUGGGAGCCAGAGUAUCCACAAGAAGUCAACAGCAAGUUCAAGGAGCUGCUAAAGGCAACCAGUGAUUCUCCUUGGAGGUUUUCCGCCAUGCUCGCUCACUGCUUCGGUCUGGAUGUGGUUCCUCCGGGGCUCUUCAACACCUUGAAGCUCAGCUUGUUGCUCAGCUUGGUGCAAACCGGAGCGGAUGCCAACAACACAGUAUUCAACUUGGAUCUCUUGGUCACGGCAGACGACAAGCUCAUAGUUGACAGGUUGAUGGCAUACGGCUUAAGCUUGGCCCGCCGCGGGGUGCGGCAUUCGGCUUCGGGAAAGCUGGUUGCGUCUCUCUCCCAGGAUGAGCAUGGGGCAGGCACCGCCAAUAUCCAUGCCGGCUCCGCCUUGCUGGCCACCGGUGGCAUUUGCAUGCUGGGAGAUUUGAGUGGCUUCAGAAAGGACAAACUGGAUGACAUUCAGUCAGUUCUGGACAGCCGCACGAUGUCCGUGUUCAUCCCCGGCAAGAAGUAUGGCGAGGACGCCGAGCAGCGGCUUCAUUUCCCCGUCUUGUGCAGCUUCUGGGCCCUCACAGACUCCACCCACCCACCUUGGCGCUCUGGGAGGGCGCACGACGCCCCCAUGGGAGCGGCGGACAUGGGUGCGAUACUGCCUCAGCUGGCGGAAAGUUUUGGUCUGGUGGUUCAGUGCGUGGAUCACGGCGGGAAGCAGUCGCUUGCACAGGCAGUCCACACCCUCCGGCAGGCAAUUUACCCUGGAGAAUAUCUCUACCCAUCCUUGCUCAACUUCUCCAGUCAAGAAUACAAGGAGCUGGUGGCCCAUGCACAAAGCCUGAAAGUGGAUCUGAGUGCCGGCGCGCAGAUGAUGCUCCACGGUUACUACAUGGCCAGCCGCGUGAUCCGCUCACAAAGGCACAGCGUCAAAAUGUCGGUGGCUUCGGUCAAAUUGUUGAUCUCUUUAGCAGAGGCCCACUGCAAAUUAAGCCUGCGACGACAGGUACUGGAGGAAGACGCCGUGAUUGCGGUGCUCCUCUGCGAAAAUUCGGUCACUCUCAAGCACGGGGCGUCUGUGCUCGUUAUCCCGCCCGAUGCCGUGUUCCCCGGCGAGCUGGGAGAUGCGGAUGGCCUGCUCAGGAGAGAUCGAGCUUUGGGCCAACUCCGCCAGGACAUCCUACGCUUCAUCUACGCCUACGCGCCGCAAGCGGAUGCCUGUGUCACAGAGGAGUAGCGGACCAGCGCUUCGCUAAA